AUGGAAAUGUAUUGUCGGGAGUUGACCGAGAGAUUUGAGGAUGUUUGGGUAGUUUCUGGACCUCUGACCUUGCCUCAGACAAAUGAUGAUGGAAAGAAGAGUGUUACUUAUCAGGUAAUCGGGAAGGAUGAUGUAGCUGUGCCAUCCCACCUAUACAAGGUGAUCCUUGCCAGGCGGAGCAGAACAUCUACAGAGCCCUUGGUACUGGGAGCUUUUGUGGUGCCAAACAAUCCCAUAGGCUUCAAUCACCAGCUGACUGAAUUCCAAGUGAAUAUUGAAGAUCUGGAAAAAAUGUCAGGUUUAGUUUUUUUCCCCCAGGUGGACAAAACCAAAGGUGUUAAAAAUAUCUGUGAGGUGGAUACCUGUAAAUUGAUGGGCUUCAAGGAAUUUACAUUGUACAUCACUGCUCGAAAAGUGCAGAGUGCCCGUACAUUGCACCGGUUGGAGAAAGCCAUGUCAGAGUUGAGGGAGGCAGGAAUUGAGCCGGAUGAGUAUCUUCUAAAGGUUUACAAGAAGAAGGAAGAAGAACUACUGCAGGAAAAACAAGUAGUAGCUAGAGAAGGGAAAGCUGGCUGAGUGCUUGUUCAGGAAGACAUUUGGGGUUUUGUACUCUGAAAGGGGAGCUGAAGGCAACCACAGAGACAAGGGCUCUAUGAAUUCUCCUUUUUUUCAUUGUGGAAACAAUAAAGAAACAUUUGGAAGCUGAUGGGUUUGGA